AUGGCUUUCCAAUGUUCAGAGUGUGACAAAUGCUUUAAGACAGAAACACCUUUAAAAUAUCACUUGAUGAGACAUAAGGGACAGUUACCUUUUCCAUGUCGUUAUUGUGAAAAUCAGUAUCCUAAUGUUUCUUCCAGGAACAAUCAUGAACUGACUCACUCAGAAGAAAGACGGUUUUCUUGUGACAUGUGUGAAAAGAAAUUUAAAACUCAACAUAGUCUAAAGAAACAUAAACUUCUACAUAGUGGAGAGAAAUCAUUUCAAUGUGAUUUUUGUGGUCAGCAAUUUCGCCAAAAGAGCACUCUCACCAGUCAUCGUAGAACGCACACUGGAGAAAAACCAUAUAUUUGUGAUGUCUGUGGAAAGGCGUUUACCCAAUCAAGCAUACUCAAUAUGCAUAAGCGUGUACAUACUGGUUAUAAGCCUCAUCAAUGUACAUAUUGUGAGAGUGCAUUUUCUUGUGGAGCAUCUUUACGUAAACAUUUGACAAUUCAUACUGGAGAGAAAAACUUUAUGUGUAAAGUUUGUGGCCGAAGAUUUGCACGUGCUCAAGGUUUGAAACAUCAUGAGCGUUCACAUACAGGUGUUAAACCAUAUGAAUGUAAAGAAUGCGGGAAGCGUUUUACUUGUCCUAAACAUGUCAAACGCCAUAAAUUAAUGCAUACGGGAGAAUUUCCCUUCACCUGCAAUGUGUGUGGGAAAUUGUUCCGUCAAGAAUACAACAUGAAGGUUCACAUGAGGGUGCACACUGGAGACAAACCAUUUCAAUGUUUGAACUGCGGCAGAUGUUUCGCAUAUAACCAAAGUCUGCAGAUGCAUUCAUCUCAUUGUGUCAAGCAAAUCUCCCCCAAACAAGAUGGAAAGAUUUACAAGUGCUCAGUUUGUUCUAAAAAGUUUUCAACAUCCGCUGGACUAAAGCAACACGAAGAAUCUCAUAAGAGUAAUGGAUCAUUGCAAUGUGAUAUCUGUAAUCGCACAUUUGGAACAAUUGAUAGUUUAAAGCGGCAUGGUCGUGUCCAUACUGGAGAAAGACCCUAUAUCUGUGAGAUAUGUGGGAAUUCUUACCCAUUGCUCAGUACCCUUAACGGACACAUGCUUGUUCAUACUGAUGAUACACCCUUUCAUUGUCAGUUGUGUGAAAGUAAAUUUAAGAGUGCUAAAAGAUUGAGAAAACAUCAACAGGUUCACACGGGAGAGAAGAAGUACCAAUGUGAUACCUGUGGUGAUCGUUUGAAGCGUCAUGGUCGUGUCCACACUGGAGAAAGACCCUAUAUCUGUGAGAUAUGUGGAAACUCUUACCCAGUGCUCAGUACCCUUAGGAGGCAUAUGCUUGUUCAUACUGAUGAUACACCCUUUCAUUGUCAGUUGUGUGAAAUUAAAUUUAAGAGUGCUAAAAGAUUGAGAAAACAUCAACAGGUUCACACGGGAGAGAAGAAGUACCAAUGUGAUACCUGUGUGUGUGGAAAGCAAACGCAUCAGAAAAGCAAUUUAGACACGCACAUGCGAACACAUAAUGGAGAAAAACCUUACGUAUGUGAUAAAUGUGGGAAAAGAUUCACCCAUAAUAGACCCGAAGACAAAUGGUCCGAUUUGACGCAGUUAGGAAAUUUAAAAACUCACAUGAGAACUCAUACAGGAGAUAAACCAUAUACAUGUGAACGCUGUGGACAAUGCUUUGCACACAAUGUGACAAAGAAAAAACAUAUGAUAACUUGUUUUGUGACAAAACCGGAGACUAAUACAUGA